CUGGUAGCUGGGAUUUGUAGUUGAGAGGAUGUAGGAUAGAAAAAGACGGUAUAACACUUGCAGACAUCUAUCCUAAAGACAUAUGUGUUUGCGUCAUGCGUUCCGUUGAAAGGUGCGAUGUGGACACAAACGGCCUAGGUGUACCAGAGCAGCAGGGAUGCAGGUUGCGGAGGUCACGGGCAAAAGAGCUUGCGCUUAGCCUUUAUUUUAAUUAGCGCGUGACACACUUUUGCUUUUGUCCUGUAGCCUACGGUGAUACCCUACCGGAUCUCGAACAGGGAUUAUGCUGAGUAAGACUUGGAGCUUUGAGGGAAGCAAAAAAAGACCCUUUGAGUCACUCCGUCGAAAACUGUAGGAAUAUCUGUCAAACGACGAUGACGGACCAGGCCGACCCCCCUGACUUCGUCCCUCAGAAAGAGAUUGUUUACAACGGCCUGCUGCCGUACGCAGACCGUCUGGACCACGAGGCUACUCGGCUACUGGCCGAGAUAAAGGCGAACCUGGCCCGGGCAGUCAUGGUCAGAGAACUCUGGCCCGGUGUCUCUUUCUGGACAAGGAAACUAUUUGCGUUUCUGAAGCUGUAUGGCCGCAGGUUCAGUAAAGAGGACCAUAUUGUGUUCAUUAAGCUGCUGUAUGAGUUGGUCACUCUGCCCAACCUGGAGCCUCAUAUGAUGCAGAGCUUUGCCAGGCUUCUGAUCAACCUGCUCAAGAAAAAGGAGUUGCUGUCACGGGAUGACCUGGAGUUGCCAUGGCGACCAUUGUACGCGCUGUGUGAGAAGGUCUUCCAUUCUAAAACGGAACACCUGGGCCUUAUCUGGUUCCCCAACUCUUUGGAGAACAUGCUGAAAGCAAUGGUGAAGAGUUGCAGAUUGUAUUUCCCUGCGUCCUCCACCCAGGAGAUGCUAGAUGAGUGGCGCCCCCUGCUGUGUGUGUUUGACGUGAUCAUGCAGAAGGCCGUCAGCUACAUGGAGCUCUUCCUUCCCACCAUCAUGCCCCCUGAGGAGCACGCACGGGGCUUCAGGUUGUGGUUUGAUGAGUUGAUGAGCCUGUGGGUAUCAGUCCAAAGUCAGCCCAACUGGGAAGGGUGUCUUGUGAACCUGUUUGCGCGUUUGGCCAAUGACAACAUUGGCUAUGUGGACUGGACCCCUUACAUCCCCACUAUCUUCACGAGGAUCCUGCGCAGUCUGAACCUGCCUGUUGGGGUCAGUCAGAUGGUGGCUCCUCGAUACCUCACCAACUCCUACGACAUGGGUUACCUGGUGGUGUGGAUCACUGCCCUGCUGGGUGGGCCAGGGAACCCUGCGCAGAAACAGCUGAGCUGUCUGUUAAACAGUAUCGCUUCCUAUUACCACCCCUCCAAUCAUGGACGCUGGCAGUCUCAUCUGAUGAGGCUCCUCCAGCGGCUGCCGGCCAGCGUGGUUCGUCGUGUCCACCGUGAGCGCCACGCCCAGCCGUCCUGGAUCACGCCCGUCCCAGAUCAGCAGAAACUGAGCGACGCUGACCUGCACCACUUCUCCCUCAGUCUCAGUGGAGCCGCCCUGCUGGCCAUGUUCAGUAAGACAGGCAGUAUGGACGCUGCUUACGCACUGCAGAACCUGGCUCUCCUCACCCCUCAGCUCACCAUACCUCCCGUACUGGAGAAAACGUAUGCUGCUAUGCAGACUCUUACUGAACCUCACACGCUCACGGCGACCCUCAGCUGCAUGAUUGGGAUGGCUCGCAGCCUCAUCUCCGCCGGCAACCAUUACCCAGAAGGCCGCACACACGUUCUCCCGCUGCUCAUGGGAGCGUUGCCCGGGGUCGAUCCGAACGACUUCAGCAAGUGCAUGAUAACAUUCCAGUUUAUCGCCACCUUCACCACUUUGGUGCCUUUUGUCGACUGCUCGUCUGCUCCCUCUCAGCACACUGACCUCACAGAGAUUGAGAGAGAGCUGUGUUUUGCCUCUGCUGAGUUUGAAGACUUUGUUCUCCAGUUCAUGGACAGGUGUUUUGCUCUGAUAGACAGCAGCACCCUGGAGCAGACUCGUGGGGAGACAGAGACAGACACGCAGACCCAGCUGGAGAGCCUGGUGGAGCUGGGCCUGUCCUCCACCAUCAGCACCAUCCUCACACAGUGCUCCCGCCCCAUCUACAGGGUGGCUUUGGAGAAGGUGUACAAUUUUGCCACAACGAACAUCUUUGAGACGUGUGUGUCUGGCCGGAUGGUGGCGGACAUGUGUCGAGCAGCAGCCAAGUGUCAUCCAGCAGAGUCUCUCAGACUGUUUGUCCCUCACUGCUGCAGUAUCAUCCUGCACAUCACUGCCAAUGAAGAGCUGUUAAAUGAGGAGGAGAUGGAUAAGGAGCUGCUGUGGAAUCUGCAGCUGCUCUCAGAGGUGACUCGUGUGGACGGGGACCAGCUGUUGCUGUACCGGGAGGAUCUGGAGCAGAUCCUGUGUAUGUGUGUGCGUCUGCGCUGUAAGCAGGCCUACACUCUGGCCUGCUGUCUCCUGGAACACACACUCCGCUCUCUGUCGCUCACGUACCCCACUGAAUACCGCAGCACACCUGGGGGCUUUGACACACACCUCCCCAUACGGGACUGGGGCAGGGCUGGGGAUGUAGCUGCACUGGGGGUGUGUUGGCACGUGCCCAGUAAAGGGGAGGAGGAUUUUGUCUUUCAGCUCUUGUCCUGCCUUCUACAGCCUGAGCUCCAGCGAAUCAGAGAUCAUGUGUCUGGCCAGCAACCAAUGAGCAGGGAGGAGCUGUUGCAGAGUUUGGCCAUUGUGCAGCAUUGCCUGCUGGGAACUGGAAGCAUGCUGCCUCCUCUGGACGGACCAGCUGUCCCUGACCUAGUUCCCACCAUGGUGAGCCUGGAGGAGAUAAAGCUUCACAUUGGAGUGGACUAUGAUGCCUCCAGGGAGAGCUACAGAGAGACCAUGUGCAAAACCAUGAGAUUACUGCUGCAUCACAUUCUGGAAAAUUCAGAGGACGACACCAAGUCCCUGUUUGCCAUUAUAAAGAUCAUCAGUGACCUUCUGUUUUUCCGGGGAACGCACAAGAAGGAGUUUGACUCCCGCUGGAAAAGCUUCACACUCGUCAAGAAGUCCAUGGAAGACCGGCUCCAUGGGAAGAAGCAGCACAUUCGCGCUCUGCUCAUCGACAGAGUGUUGUUGCAGCACGAGAUGAGGAAGCUGGUUUGCGAGGGCUGUGAAUACAAGAUGGUCCACCAGGAGCUGAUGAGCGAUCUUCUGCUCCUGUCUACGAGCGCCUAUAGUCAGGUGCGUAGCAGGGCCCAGGCUGUGCUGAUGGCUGCGUUGGGAACCUUCACUCUCUCCUACAGAGAUGUGGCUCCCCGCAUUCUCAAACUGCUCUCUCCACAACACACCUCAGGGACACAGCAGCAGUUCAAGGGCGCGUUGUACUGUCUGCUGGGGGUGUACGGGGGUGUGUGUCUGACCAAUGUGAGAGACUGGGACUGUGUCGGGGAGGUGUGGCCGGCUCUGGUUCGCUGUGGUCUCUCUCCUUCCAUGACCCUGGAGAAGCCCUCCAUUGGACGGCUCCUUGAUGACAUCACAGACAAGAUCCACCGGCAGCACGAGACGAUAGGCCUUCACUUUACGGUGUCUGACAGCUGCGUAGAAACAGCCAAUGAGAUCUUUGCAUCUCAAAUCCCCGCCCCCAGCUUGGAGGCACCGACCAAACAGGAGCUGAAGGAGGGGCUUCAGCGUCAGCGAAUCAGAAACCUGGUGGCCGUCAGGAAGUAUGAGAAGCUUGUCAACGAGCUCCUGGACUGCCUUGAAGACAAAGACCUGCCGUGGAAGUUUGAGCACAUGGCUACAGACCUGCUCUCUCUUCAACUGAGAGACGACCACCCCCUCCCUCCGGAUGCUAUCCUGUACUUCACACAAGGCCUCACGCACGACUCACUCAGCAUACGCAAGGUGGCCAUCUGCACUGUAGCUGCCAUUUUAAAACAGCUGAAGAGACCACGCAAGAAAGUGUCUCUGAAGCCCCCGGACAUCAGUGGUAUAGUCGACUCCGAGCAUCUGUGUGUGGGAGACAGGGAUUCAAACCGCUGGUUACAGUAUGACAGCAACAGGCUCCCCCUCAGCCAGGAACAGUGGAACUCUCUGAACUAUGUGGAGAAGACUCACUGGGGCUAUUACACAUGGCCUAGAGAGAUCGUCAUCUAUGCACCUUAUGUAGAACAGCCCAAGGAAGCCCUGGAAUAUGAGGAGAUGUGUGAGGGUGAGAAGAUCAUCUAUGAACAUUUCAUAGACCCAGAGUUCAUUGGCCAGCUGAUUGAGUUUCUGUCUCUGGAGGAUCGCAAAGGCAAGGACAGUUUCAGUCCUCGUCGAUUCUGCCUGUUUAAGGGGCUGUUCCGCAACUAUGGCGAUGCGUUCUUGUCAUUGUUGUGGCCCCACCUGGAGCAGUUGGCUGGGGACUCUCACGAGAGCUCCCAGAGGUGUGUUUGUGAAGUCACAGCUGGCCUCAUCAGGGGCAGUAAACACUGGAGCUACAGCAAGGUGGAGAGCAUGUGGAAGCUUUUGGGUCCUCUCAUCCGGACAGCAUUGUCCAACAUCACCGUGGAAACGUACACAGACUGGGGCACCUGCAUCGCGACAGCAUGUGUGGGCCGGGACCCCAGGAAGCUGCACUGGCUGUUUGAGCUGCUGAUGGAGAGCCCCCUCAGUGGGGAGGGGGGGUCAUUCAGGGACGCCAGCCUGCUGUACGUGCUGCAGGGGGGACUGGCCCAGCAGGAGUGGAGGGUUGCUGACCUGCUACACAGACUGCUGGCCUACCUGGAGCCCAAACUCACACAGGUGUACAAGAACGUGAGGGAGCGCAUCGGCAGCGUGCUGACGUACAUUUUCAUGAUAGACGUGGCGCUGCCCCACACGCGCCCUACCUGCUCCCCCCACGUGGCUGAGUUCACCAGCAGGGUCCUGGCCCGGCUCAAGCCCCUGACCUCGGAGCAGGAGAUCCACAACCACGUCCGCGAGGAGAACCUCCAGGAGCCUGACGAGAAGACCCAGGCCAUCAAACUUCUCAAGACAGUGUUGAAGUGGUUGAUGGCCAGCGCUGGACGAACCUUCACUACUCCUGUGGAACAGCAGCUGCAGCUUCUCCCCCUGCUCUUCAAGAUUGCCCCAGUGGAGAUGGAUGAGAACUAUGAUGAGAUGAAACAGGAUGCCCGCACCUGUCUCUCGCUCAUGUCACAGGGUCUGCUCUACCCGGAGCAUAUCCCCAUAGUCCUGGCUGCUCUGCAGGAGAUGUCGUCCAAUCGCUCGUGGCACGCGCGUCACUCGGUGCUGUCCUACCUGCAGAUCAUGGUGUUCUACAACCUGUUCACCAUCCUGGCUCUGCCCACGCAGGUGCUCAGCAUCCGGGCCCUUGUGCUGCAGCUGCUGCAAGACGAGCAGCUGGAGGUAAGAGACAUGGCCGGGACCACCCUGAGUGGUUUCUUGCAGUGUCAGUUCUUUCCCCUGGACGUCAGUCUGCAGAGCCAGCUCCAGUCCCUCAGUCACACCUCCCUCCCCAGGGCCAGGAGCAGAGAGCUUUCUUCCACAGACCUGGUUCGCCGCCAUGCGGGAGUUCUCGGCCUCAGCGCCUGCAUCCUGUCAUGUCCGUAUGACGUCCCUGUCUGGAUGCCCCCGAUCCUCAUGGACCUUAGCAACCACCUCAAUGACCCACAGCCCAUAGAGUUGACGGUGAAGAAAACUCUGUCAGACUUCCGACGUACUCACCAUGACAACUGGCAAAAGCACCGUCAGCGCUUCACAGAUGACCAGCUGCUAGUGCUCACUGACCUGCUGGUUUCCCCCUGCUACUACGCCUAGACAGCAUUUCUCGCCAGACAACUGGAUCAAAGUUGUAGUUUUUACUUUUAAUGAAGAGCAAGAAUCAAAGUGAAAAUACAGAGUGGAUGGAGAGUGGGUGGUGACAGGUGAACACUGGUGUGUAUAGGGAGAGUGAGGGAUUUAGUCAGUCUACUUGUAUAAACGUAUAUAUCUGUAUAUACUUUAAAACAUUUCUAUUGUUACCUUCUGUUAAUCCGUGAGCAACACAAAUCCUUGCUCAUUGACAUGUUUCAUUGUGUAUAUUAGUCAUCCUGCACUGACAUGAUGUCAAAACUAAUAAGUUCAGUUAGCUUAAUUUGGCCUCUUUAGAUAUGACAGAAAAAUGACACUUAGCAGACUUCCAGUAUUUGUUCAAUGGACUUCACAGCUGUUUCAGUAAAAAAUGUAUGCCUUUGUGCUGUUAGUGUGUGCAUGGGAGAGCUGUUGGUUCGAAGCUAAAUCAUCUUGCUGCCAUAGCAUUUCACAUAUUGUGGUUGUGGCCCAACUAUUGGUCCAUUAAGCACUGGAUAAGCCCAACAGACCAGACACCCUCCAGGAUGUAGGCAUCAAGAACAUACGUGAACAGCAUUACUGUUUAAUACAAAGUACCUCAAGAUCCUGGAAUGUUCUGGAAUAAAGAGUUCUGGAAAGCAUAACCAUGUCCACAUGGCAAAGGAUCCCAACUCGCCUGUGAAGCUUGGUGAUGUUUGGACAUGUGUGGCUGCUGUAGGAACAGGCUCCCUGUCUUCACUGAUUAAGUGACUACUGAGAGCAGCAGGAGGUUUCACUCUGUGUAGUACAGGAAAAAAAGGACAGAGAAAACUAUCAUCUGCCCAGAUACAACCAAAUGGCUCUAAACUCAUUGGACAGCGGGUCCUCAUGCAGCAAGACACUCACCACAAACACACUGCUAGAGCAACCAAGGAUUUCUUCAUGGCCAGUUAUUAGCUUGCCAAGUCAAUAAUUCGAUCUGAAUCUAAUGGAGCAUGCAUUUUAAAUGCUGAGGGGAAACAGAAAGCAAAGAGCCCGGUGAAAUGAACCAGAACCAACACCAGCAGCAGUAUGGCCUGGAAGGACCACAGUAGGACAUACCAAGUAGGAAUGAAAAUACCUUCCCUGACAGGAGUUUAAGCUCAGCGCAUCCUUUCAAAUUCAAAGUGCUGCAGCACAGAUCAUAAACAUAGAAAACUCACGUGUCACUGCCCAAGGCCUCUCUCUCCCUCUGCCCAAGGCCUCUCUGUGUUCACAGCACCUGCAGUAGGGCUGGUGGGAUGGUUUACUUUAAUAUGCACUGAU